UCUCUACCCGAUAUUGCUGAGGUAGGUCGAAGGACGCUGUAGCUUGACCGGCAAGUAAAAGACUCGCUAGCGCCUACUCCCUGCAACUACCUCAUAAGAACGUUUUACAUAUUCUACAGCGGUACACCCAAAUGGAUCUACAAAUCGAAACGCCGUGCAUAAUUCAGAUGACCGACCCGCACACGAUCUCAAUACGAGUAACCAUGGCCUGGGCCUGAAUAGCCCAUGAUUUCAGAAUGACGCGAGGAACGAAGUCCUUCAUACCCGGGGUAUACAAAAUCCGUCUCAAGGGCUACUGCGUUGGACCCUGAAAUUAUUGCUGUAUCUACUCACCAGAACCACAAUCUAUCAACCUCAAUUCUCAUCACCAAAACUCCAACCAUGUCCCGCAAACUAUGCAUCACCGCCGUAGACGGCCACACCGGCUCCCUGAUCGCCGAGCUGAUCCUGACGGACCCCAAAUUCACCAAAGCCAUCAGCUCCGUGAUCGGCCUGACGCUGCACCCGGACGCCAGCGCCUGCAAGGAGCUGAGCAAACUGGGGGCGAAUAUCGUGCCCCACAAGCCGGGCCGCCUGCGCGAAAUGGUCCAAUCGCUCAAGGACACCGGGGCGGAAGCGAUAUGUGUGAUCCCGCCCGCGCACCCGGACAAGCUCGACAUCACCACCGAGCUCAUUGAGGCGACCAAGCAGGCCGGGGUCGCGAAUGUGUGCAUGAUCAGCUCCGCCGGCUGCGAUCUCGCCGAGCGGGACCGACAGCCCCGGUUGCGGGAGUUUAUCGAUCUCGAAGUGCGGCUGCUCGCGUGCAAGGGCGAUCCCUCCACUUCCACCGGUCACUCGCCGGUUGUUAUACGACCCGGAUUCUACGCGGAAAACCUGCUGUUGUACUCCCGCCAGGCACAAGAGGAAGGGCUCCUGCCGCUGCCUAUUGGCAAGAACCAUAAGUUUGCACCCAUAUCGCUGGGGGAUGUCGCCCAAGUUGCAGCGCAUGUCCUCUGUGGGAAGGGGAAGCACGGAUUCAGUGACAAGCACCGGGGUCAAUUGAUGGUGCUGACGGGCCCAAUGCUCGCCACAGGCGACGAACUGGCGUCUGCAGCCAGCCAGGCUUUAGGAGAAGAGCUGAAGUUCGAGGAUAUCUCCGAAAACGAAGCCAAGCGAGUCUUGCAAGCGCAGUCGGACAGCGACCAGUCCGAGGUGCAGUAUCUGUUAGAAUACUACUCGUUGGUGCGCGAGGGCAAGACCAACUACAUUUCCACCACCGCGUUCCAUGACGUCACCGGGGGUCACCCCCAAGAACCCCCGGACUUCUUCAAGGUCUAUGCCCAGGAGUUCCAUCCUAAGCGCGCCAACAAAAGACGCAAGUUGAGUGGGGGCCAGUGAGCGUGGUUACAGUGGCUUGCGGUGAUGUAGUGAGUGGCUCAUUGUAGAUGUUUUCGAUCGCUGGUGGUAGCGGU